UUGGGGGCAACUAAUUCUUAUGUGACGCUUUGUAAUUUAAGAAAUGGCCUUCAAAAAUAUGUACUGCAUAUAAACACAUGGAACAGUUUCUGUUUUACAUUCGAUAUUGAUAAUCACUCGAUAGACAUCAAAUUAUGCAGAAACGAAAAUGGAAGCAAAACAAACGCAAUAAAUUGUCAGGUUUUUUUUUUUAGAACUGUGUACAUCUAGAACUGUUAACGUUUGCUUUUAACAAUGCAUUGAACGCGUUUUUAACUUUUCAGUUUUGCUUAAUGGCACCUUAGAUUUUCAAUACAUUUUAGAAGUUUGAUGCCACAUGUGCCAGUGACAUACGGACUUUGUCAUUUUAUGAGUAGGGAAUAUCUCCAAACCUUUGAUGAUUAAAGCACUCACGAUACUAAUACUUUUGUCUGUGUACAAGUAGUAACGUAACGACCAUUGUAACGUGCACAAUUCAGAAAGUUGAUUUUGCUUCACACUUCACUGGUCAGCGACACUGAGUAGUUUCACCUUUUUGUACACUACGUUUGUGACAAAAGGUGUCCUGAUACCUUGAGAGAUGAGACAGUAUUUAAGAUAACACCAUGCAUAGUGACAUGCGCAUAGUUUUGGCCUUCACUGUCCCAGCAGUAGCAGCAUUGCUCGGCCUGCUGUGGGUGCUCAACAACAAAAGGCGUCCAAAGGGGGGUAAAUCUGAUCCAGCUGUUAAAGAUGCAAAAUUGUCAUCCAAAUCAAAAGACAUUUCAACAGUGUCUGAGCCUGUGGAAAGUUCUCUUCUGAAGAAAAAUACAGUGUCUAAGGCAUUCAAAGAGAGCCCACAAGAAUCCUCUGAAAUAGUCAGCCAUGAUGCAACUUGUUAUGAAGGAGGAAAGAAUUCUUGUUUGGGUAUGAUGAAUCUUCAGCAUGUUCAUAACAGACAUUUAGAUAGCCAAGAUAUUUUAUCAUCGAUAAAUGUUACUGUAACACCAACAAACAGCAUAGUCAAGCUGACGAAUAGUGGGACAUGCUUGCCCCUCCAAAUUAUAGAGUUGUCAGAAACUGGUUGUUCAAGCAAAAAUGAAGUGAAGCUUAGUGAAUCUCAUGAGCUGAGUGGUAAAUCUGUUGAGGAGCCCUCUUUUUCUGUGGGGUCAAGUUUUUCUUUUUCUGAGGAUGUUACAGGUCCUUUGAAAUCAAACACCCCUGCUAUUGCAGUUGAAAAAACAAAAAGUGGAGAUGCAGAAGCUUCGGCUCUGAAACAGGAAUCUUCCAUGGAAUCUUGGAAUGUUGCACAGUCACCAUCAUCUGUGACAGAUUUGAUGAUAACUAAUGAGGUUGAUGUCUCUGAAAUGAACAAAGGUUACCCUAGUGACAUAGCUGUUGACAGUGACAUAAGUCUCUGUCAUCAGCAAAUGGAAGCAACUUCUGAGGUGAUGUGCUUUGGUCCUCUUGAUUUGGGAGAAGAAAAGAAAGAGGAUGUUGGAGAGGUAGACAGUGUUGUGCAGUCAUUCCCAACAUCUCCCCAUCUUUAUAAUAUUGAAAGUGAUUUCAGUGAGAACACUUGUUCAGUUGGUCAUAUUGCUCCAUCCAGCAUUGAAACACCUAAACAAUCAAUCGAUGCUUUAGAUAGCAACGCCUCAUGUGAUACAAACACGAAUAUUGAAACUAUGGAAAAUACUCAGGAAAAACUUGGGCCAUCACUACUUUUAACUUGCAAAAAGUGUGACACUUCACUGGGCAUUGAAGAUGAGAGGACAAGCAUUUCAGAGACAUUUCAAGAUCUUUCACAUGGAUGCACUUCUAAAGAUGUUGAAAAGUCUGAUUGUGGCAUGGGCCUUUGUCAGACUGGUGUUAAAGAAUUGAUGGCGACCACUAACAGUAGUGACCCAUCAGUCUCUAGAUUUUCAUUUAUGUUCAGGAACACUGCUUUGUCCCAUGAUGCUGAAAUCACUCAGACUGACAUCAGCAACAGUCAACAGGAUCAGGCCAGCAUAGAAGGAACUGAUUGUUCCAGAACAUGCUGUGACUUCACAUGUACUUCUACAAAUGAUGUAGUCAUUUCUGGAGAUGAUGUGUCCAGAACUGAUACUUCUACAGGUCACAUAUCUGUCAUUACGACAACAGAAUCCCCAGCCACAGAAAGCAUUGGUAACUAUUUUCCCAUGGGUGAAAAUUCCUGUAAAAGGGAAGUAAAUGACACAGAUACCAUUGUGAAUGCUAACUUCAGUGUUUACAAUGAAGAUGUUACUGUAGCUGAUCAUCUACUUCUUUCACAAAAACAAUUUGUUUCUAACAAAAGCUCAUCUCCUCUUGAAAGUAAAGAGAGAGAAGAGAUUGUAUCAGCAACACCGCCUGAGGAUAUUACAGCACAGAUAACUGGACAUUCUGAAUGGCAGCAAGAUUUUUUAUUCUCCUGCACCGUUGAUUCAUUGGUUUCUAAUGAAAGUGCUUCAGCCACUGAAAAUAACUUGGGGGCUGGCUGUAAAAAUGAUGACUUCACUCUUCUAGAAACCAAAGUUUUGCCCCCUGACCCUUUCCAUUUUACCGAAAACUCCAGUUUUACAUGUUUGGAAAACAUUGUUUCAGAGAAUGAUCUUCCGUUGUCAGAAAUACAAGCAUCCAGUAGUUUGAAAGAAGCACCAGAGGCCAUGUUAAAUGACAUCUUUGGGACACAAUUACACACAUCUAGCUCAUAUGUCGCUGAGGGGUCAGAUUCAGAUUGUACUACAGAAUUGCCUUUAAACGAUGAGCUUUUGCACAGGAGAGAAUGUGCCAACAAUGGACCAGUGCUCUCAAUAUUUAAAGAAGCAUCCUCUGUUCCUGCUAAAACUGUCUCAAGCCACAUUAUUUCAUUAGAACCUGGUGAUGUAAACAGCAGUGAAAAUAAUUUGGAUGCAUUUAACCAGCUGAGUUCACUCUCUCGUGAGGAGCCUUAUUCUGAUGAUUUAUUGAAUAUUUACCAAGAUCGACCAUUCAUGGAUGUUGAAACCAAUUUGGAGGAGACUGUUCUGGACACAUCUAAACAAUUGGUUGCUGAUAUUUGCGAGACUGAAUCAAAGCAGACUGUAACAGAUGUAGCUGAACAGGCAGAUGCUUAUGUUUGUGAAACUAAGUUCGAGCAGACUGUAGCAGACACAGGUGAACAGGCAGUCUGUGAUAGUUGUGAAGCUGGACUGGAGCAAACUGUAACAGAUGAACAGGUAGUCACAGAUGUUUGUGUAGCUGAGUUGGAGCAGGAUGUCAGAGACAUACAACGACAGAUAGUCACAAAUGUUUGUGAAGCUAAGCUUGUGCAAAUCAUAGCUGACACACCUAAACAGGUUGUCACUGACGUUUGUGAAACCAAACUAGAGGAGACUGUCGUGGAUACAUACAAACAGGUAGCUGCUGCUAUUUGUGAACCUGACUAUCAACAGACUGUAACAAAGAUAGCUGAACAGGAUCAUGCUAAUGUUUGUGAAAUCCAGUUGGAGCAGGCUAUAAUAGACAUGAAUGGACAGGUCACUGAUGUUUGUGAAACUAAGUCUGAGCAGAUUGAAACAGAUGCAACUGAACAGGUGGUCAUCGAUGUUUGUAGGAACAGGUUGGAGGAGAAUGUUCUGGACACACAUGAAAAGCUAGCUUCUGCUACUAGUGAAACUAAAUUACAGCAGAGUACAACAGGUACACAUGAACAGAUAGUCACCUUGGUUUGCGAAACCGCAUUAGAGCAGACUAAAACAGACACAUGUAAACAGACAGUCUCUGAUGCUCAUAAAGCUUGCUUGGGGCAGACAGGAAUAGGUGAACAAGUUACCGAUAUUUGUGAAACUAAACUGGAUCAGACUGUAACAGACGCAUAUAAACAGGUAGUCACUGGAACCAAGUGUGAACCGAUUGUAACAAAUACACCUGAACAAGUGGUCGCUAGUGUUUGUGAAACCAAUUUGGAGAAGACUGAUCAGGACACAUCUAAACAGUUGGUUGCUGAUAUUUGUGAAACUGAAUUAAAACAGACUGUAACAGAUGUAGCUGAACAGGCAGAAGCUUAUGUUUGUGAAACUGAGUUUGAGCAAACUGUAGCAGACACAGGUGAACAGGCAGUCUGUGAUAGUUGUGAAGCUAGACUGGAGCAAACUGUAACAGAUGAACAGGUAGCCACUGAUGUUUGUGUAGCUGCGUUGGAGCAGGAUGUCAGAGACAAACAACGACAGAUUGUCACAAAUGUUUGUGAAGCUAAGCUUGUGCAAAUCAUAGCUGACACACCUAAACAGGUUGUCACUGAUGUUUGUGAAACCAAUUUUGAGGAUAUUGUAAAAGAUGUAGCUGAACAGGAUAAUGCUAGUGUUUGUGCAACAGCAUUUGAGCAGACUGAAAUAGACACGUGUGAACAAACAGUCUCUGAUACUCAUGAAGCUUGCUUGGAGCAAACAGGAACAGUUGAACAAGUUGUUACUGAUAUUUGUGAAAUGAAGUUGAAGUUUGUUUCAGAUUCAUCUGAACAGACAGUCCCAUUUGUUUGCAAAGCUGACUUGGGCUGUUCUCUAACAGACAUGCCUGAACAAGAAGUCACUGAUACUUUUGACAACCAGGAGAAACAAGAAGCCACAGAUAUUUGCGAAUCAUACUCAGAGCAGACUGCCAUCAACAAAACUGAUGAACAGUCUGUUGUCGACAAACAGGAUGAGCAGGCAGCUGUGGAUUUUUGCAAAUCUGGCUUGAAGCAAUCUGUCACAUACAAACAAGAUGAAAAUGUGGUCAUGGGUGUACCUGAAUCGAAAAAGCCACUUUUAAGCAAACAGAAUGAUCACGACGUCUUCAGUGUUUAUGAAUCUAACUUUCUGCAGUCAGAAAAGUUGAAUGAAAAGACAGGUGUGGGUAUUGCAGAGUCCAGAAUGUCCAUUAUGCUCAGAGAAGAUGAACAGACUGUGAAGAGUUGUGAAAUAAAGCAGUCUGCAACGGACAUAUCUGAUGGACAAACUGUUUUAGAACCUGACACCAUCCAGCUUGCUCUAAAAAACCAUCAGCAAGACAAAGGUUUCCAGCAGUCCUUGACAGACACACAAGAUAAAUGGGUAGUCUUUGCUGUCAGCGAAUCUGUUGGACAGCACCACACAACAGAUGAAAAAGAUGAGCACACAGCUUUAACCAUUGAUAUGUCAUUUAAGUUUCAUGAACCAAACUGUCCAUUUCCCACCUCACCUGACAAGAUGAACAGUCUGAUAAAUCCUCUUGCUGAUGGUAAUUCUAGCAGUUCAGUAGGUGUACAAGAGUCUAAGCAGCAGACUGUCACAGAGAUCGUGAGUGAACAUGCUUCUGUGGUUGAUGGACCAUCAUCUUUACAGAGUCUUCUCACAAAUUCCUCUUGGCUUUCGAAUGAUCAUUCUCAUCCUGAGGGUGAUGACAGUCAAGACCAAGGGAAUAGUAGUUGGCUUAUGGUUGAAUCUGAAAUCAAAAUGGAUGUGGAAGCUGAUUUGUUGUCUGUAAAAACCAGAUCGAAAGAUAAUCUUUCAUCUGGCUUAUCACAGCACAAAAUGGCAAACAAUCAGAGAAAGUCUCAGAAAAAGAAGGCUGCUGGUGCUAGGAACCCCAAGCCUUCUGACCCACACACAGAAUACAAAAUCACUGGUGGCAUCUCAUCACCUGUUAGCAAGAGGAAAAAAGCAAAGUCCUCUACAAAGCUGGAGAAAAGCCUUAAAAACUCAUCUGAAUCUCUCAAAAGUAAUGUGUAUUCCUCAAGUUCUUCCCCUGGAUCUGAUCUCAAAGACAGGGUACAUAAGGCAUCUCUGAUGCUGGAAAAUAGUCUUCAACCUUUCUCAGGAUUUGAUAGGAACAAUCAGCAUUUAGAAAAAGAUGACAGUGAAAAUGAAUCUCAAUCACCUAAGGACAGCAUGCAGACAGAGUGCAGCGUUCAAUUGUGCAAUGGCAACAAACAAACUGACCACUGUUUUCAAGAAGUUCAAGAGGAGCUUAGCGAACAAGACUGGAUUGGUGUACAGAUCUCUAAUGGCUCUGAGCACAUGGAGCUCACUGCCACAAACAUGGCCUCUUCCAGCUCACUAGUAGCAGCUAGCCUGGUAACUGUCGAGUUCAAUUUCCCAACAGAUUUAUGUGGACGACUAAUAGGACGCAAUGGGCGAAAUGUGCAACAUAUCAAAGAGCAGUCAGGCGCAUCCGUUAUUAUAACCAGCAACCCUGUUUCUCCAGAUUUCCAGUUAUGCCGUGUGCAAGGUCUGCAUUCAUGUGUGCAUGAAGCUCUCAUGAUGAUCAAAAAGAAAUUUCCUCAAGUGGAUGUCCAGCCAAUUCUUGCACCUAAUUUAAAUCCUCUUAUUAUGCCAGAUAUGAUCAAGCUGAACCUGCCAGAUGGGGUGUCUGUCAAGUUGGUGGUCUCCAACAUUGUCAAUGCUGGCCACAUUUUUGUUCAGCUACCCAACCAUCCCACCUUUGCAUCACUAGACCGUCUUUGUCAUUGCAUGAAUUCAUGCUACACUAAAAAUCAAGGUGUUCCUCCUUUGCCACGACCUGUAGAGACGGGUGUUAUCUGUGCAGCAGAGUCAGGAGGCUGCUGGUUCAGAGUAGAGAUUAUUGGUGUUUAUCCAGAAACAGAUGAAUGUGAUUUAGCUUACGUCGACUAUGGGGGCUACGACCGUGUAGCCUUGUCCUCCCUAAGGCAAAUCAGGAGUGACUUCAUGACUCUACCUUUCCAGGCUAUUGAAUGUUACAUGGCCAACAUCACACCCCUGCAGGAUGAGGAAUAUUUCAGUGAAAAUGCAAGCAGUGUUCUGCAUGAGCUGACAGCAGGCAAACUUCUUGAUGGCCAGGUGAUCACACGGGAAGGUUCAAUUCCUUACAUACACCUUUACCAGAUAUCUACACGUGGUGCUUUGCUAGUCAACCGUGAAAUGGUAAACAGAGAAGUGGUGCGAUGGAUUGAAAUUUUUUGAAAGUAACAAGAAUUUUCAAGCUGAGAAAAUCUGUUUACUGUUGUUAACCAAAACAUAGAUCAUGAUGGAGGAACUGGCAUUGUCAGGGAAUUAAAGCCUGACGUUGCUGUGCAGAGGCGUUAAAUCGUAUGCACAUUUCAAAAUGUAAUUUAGCUGGAGAGGGAAACCUUGUAGGUGAUUUUAAAAGCACUUCCUGCUCCAAAAACUGAUUAUUGUGAUUUGGAUUUGCAGUCUUAUUUUGGUAACUUCCUAAAGGUUAAGGAAUGCAGCAUCUUACUGCAGCAGUGACAGUGUUUUUCUUUUUUUAACUGCAUUAAUAAAAAGAAACUGACAUAAAUUUGAUUACACUUGCACAUGUACAAUUUAUCAUGUGUGAUGCUACCAAUGCAAUUUUUUAAAUGUUUGCUUUUGUUAAAUAGCAGUUUUUGAAGAUGGUGACUGCAUUCACCCCUUCCCCCCAAGAAGAAUCUUUUUUAUAAUUAAAACGUUUCAGUUUUGUCUAUUAUUUUUCCAGUAUUUUAAAAUUCUUUCUUGCACACAUUUUUGUUUUGUCAUGCGGAAUCUAAACUUAAAAUCCUGACAGCUUGAGAUGAUUCAGUUGAAUGUGACAAUAGUAAACAUAGCUACCAGCACGAGUUUAUUGGUGUAGAUAGGAACUUUGCUUAGCUUUUCUUAAACAAGAAAAAAAAAACCCAGCACACAUACUUAUUUUUAAAAGGUAAUGUUCUCACUUUAAUCUACAUUCUAACACUUUUGCAGGCGUUGACUCUUUGCUGUCAAGUCAAACAUAUAGUUGAACUGUAAAGAAUUAAAGUUGUAGUUGAUAUAUACUAUAGGAAUCUGCUGCUGCACUUGCAUAAAGACUAUUUAGAGAUUAAAAAAUAAUUGGGACUGCUUGUAUUUUUUUAUAUUUUUGUACCAAUUUUUAAAAAUAGCAAUUGAACAUGCUUAAUUGGUGGAAUCGUGUGAAGUGCAUUUUAUUGCAAGCAUUGAUUGGUUUUCUUGCCUUGAGAAAACAUUUUUUUCUUUUUAAAAGCCAUGUAGCAUAUUGCUGCCAGAAAAUGUCAAGUAAAACUGAAGCAUAUUACCUCUUUUCAUAACUUCAAAAUUUUUUUCAUAACAUGCUGGCUUUGGCUAUCCACCCAUGUGAUGUGGCCUUUGGUCUACUGUCCAUUAAUGCAGAGGUAUAUUAUGCAGUGGUGCAGCGUGGUAAAAUACAUUUUCAGUGAUUUGCAGUCUUGUGGUUUUGCUCUCCAGUUUACAAAGGUUGUUGGAGGAAAAAAAACUUACUAGUUCUAAUAGCAUUUAUUCAUGAAGAGAUCUUAAUCAGGGCACACUGAGAGUGGCAGCAGAUCAAAGUUAUUUUUUUUUUUUUUUUUAUAUUUAUGUGUGAAUUGAUAAAACUUGUACAUUCUGAAUCCCAUUUGUUGCUUUUUUAAAAGCUAUAUACAGUCAUUCAAAACUUACAGUGUUUUCUAAUUUACAGAUGUUUUUUCUUUUAUCAUCACAUUUACUACUAAAUCUUAUUCACAGUGAUUUAUUGACAAGCUCAGGAGGUGGACAAUGGCGGUAAACAUAAUAUUAGUACCAUCACCUCUUAAUGCCGUCUCUACAAGCACACAUUUUUGUUUCUUUAGUAAUGUAAAUUGAGAAAAUUGUGCAGUUUUGUUUUUGGGUAGAUUAAAAGGCGGUGAAAUCUUUUAGGGAUCCAAUCUUGGUUAUCCAUGGAAAAAUGCAGUGAUUGCAUUUUAUGUCAAAGUUUGUCCCUGUUGAAAGUGUUUGGCCAUAAUAUAUACAAAUCAUGUUCCUUUCCCCAUUAUUAGGGUGGAAAUGAUAUCACAUUUAAAAACCAGACAAAUUGGUGCACAAACAUUCAGAAAUGUACAUAAGUAUUUAGCAGAUUGAAUUUAUUCUCACUGCCAGCUUGGCCAAGAAAGAAUUUUGUUGGUCUUUGUUUAGGUUGCAAUAGAGGUUCCUAAUAGAGAUGCAUGCUUUUAUGUUGUGUGCUCACGAGCAAUGUCAUGGAAACGUCCAUAUUUUUGCUGCUUAACUUUUACUGCUUAAUUUGUUUAAUUUCUUUGAUCGGUUUUGUGUUUUAGCAUCCCUCAUGUUUGUUAGUGACUAUCAACUGAAAAAAUGCUAAAGAAUUGAGGGGAAGGUGUGAGUUCUAAAUUUAUAUCACUUUAUAAAGAAAACCAUAACUGAUUGGAAUGCAUAUUUAUUUUUGUUACAUCUAUUCAUCCGCAUUGUGUUUUAUAUAUUUGUAAUUGUGAUACAAAUUGUGAGUGUUACCUGAAAGCUGUAGCUAAAAAACCCGAAAGGAUAUUUUGGAAUGUAAAUCAAUGUUGUUCGCAUGCUUUGGAGCUUUUUUUUUUAAAAAAUCCGGUGUUUUUAUGAGCGAAUCUCCUGUUCGAAGCUUAUCUGUAUUUGGAGAUAAGAGACCUUUCAUUUACGUUGUUAAAUUUCUAGUUCCAUUUGGUGUAGGCUUUGCAUAAAUACACUUUUUUACUUCUUGCCAGUAGUAGAUUUUCUUCCCUUGUGACUGCCUUACCUUAGUGUAAAGUUAGUGAAUCUGUUUAUAGUAGUUAUUUAACUUUAACGUCCAGAUUGUAAUAAACGAUCAUAAUGAACAGAUUACUUGGGGGAGUGUAUUUGGAAUACAUCUAGAGAAGUGUACCAGGGGAAAGAAACCACCUCAAGUAAAUAUUAUAUGUAAAUACUAUAAGAAGUGAUUUAUACAUAUGUAAAUACAAAAUGAUUCACACAGACCCAUGAGUGCACAUAUAAAUCCUUGGUAAAAGUGGAAGUUGGUAUUAAUAAAGUACAUGUUUGCUAGAACUUCCUUAGGUUAUUAGUAAUCAUUCUUUAAAAAAAACGGCUUUUGGAAAAAAAAAAAAAGCUUGAGAGAAUGCAGGGUAUCAUUAUUUCAGAACAAAACCAGUUCUCAUCCCAGGUGGAUUUGAAUAAGCCCAGUAGAUUAGGUGUAACAUAUAUUUAUUUUUUUCAAGUUUUUAUUUCAUUUUAAUGCACAGCUGCCACUUUGGAGAAAAACAUGUUUUCAGUGUUUGAGAAAAACUUGCGGACUUCUACAGCUGGUGGAGACCGUUGUGCUGCCAGGCAGGAACUGGGGAUGCAAUAUGGUCAAGUACAUUUACUCACCAUAUGAAGGUCCAGCUUAUUGCUACUAUAGUCAGAAUUAUAUUCUUAAGUUAAUAUCUUGUCUUAGCACACAUUUUUCUCUGGAUGUGACAACCUGAUAACAUCAUUUGGAGGGAAGGGAAAUUUUUGUCUGCCAUCCUUUUGUGACCUGUUUCCCCAGUGUUGUGAAAUCACUAUUAAGUGAAAAGGUUUUCCUUUUAAAAUAGCACCUUUCACUCCUUUGUUCUUUUUUCAUCUCCUAGAAGACAUCUAAACAGUGAAAAAUUGCUGAUCUAAUCUGAAGACAUAGUGGUGGCAGAUGAAACUGUGGACCAGUGUGCAAUAAAAUGCCAAUAAUUUAAACUUUCUUUUUUUUCCCUACUAUAAAAGAAAGCUCUACCUACUCACAUUAUUUAAAUGCACACUACAUCAAUCCUCUGUUCCUAAUUCUGUUAGUCAUCAAAUUUCCAUUCUAGAAAUAUUCUGCAUUCCUUUUCAGCUGGCUUUUUAUGUAUGGCAAAGCAUUCCUUUUUGGUUUAUUUUGCCUGUCCCUCCUCUCUCCACCCCUGCUUUCCUGCAGGGCAAGAUGUAGGCAGAAGAGAGGUGGUGUUCGGUGCUUGCAUGCCAUUGACAGUUAUGCUUCUACUUGAUAAUCUACUGUUUUGUGUGCUACAAAGGUGCAUAAUCAAAAAAGGCAUGAGCAAAUUAUUUUUCAUAUAUUUUGAAUUGUGAGCAAUGUGUGUUUACUUUAAUUAAAAAGUGUUAAAAAUUGAAUCCUGUGCUGUGACUGUUGUUUGGUACCGGUAGUUCCUGCAUAUUGUGAGCAUAAAAAUGCUGCACCUUAUAUCUUCUGUUGUGGCAUAAUUUAGGACUUAUCCAUUUGGCAAAGUAAUGAUUGUGAAAAAAAAUUACAGUGUUUUAAUUAAAUACUGCUGAUAAAUUCA